GCUGCGAUUAUACACAUCAAUGUAUUGUGGCACUUCAUCGACGCUGUCGAUAUCACAGGACAUCAGUAAACGGCUUAAGAUGGUUACUCAGAAUUGUAUGUGGAGUGAUUUAUUCGACGAUCAAUCACGGGCUAAUUUGGAAGGGGGAUACGUAGCGACAGGGAUAAUUUCAUCUCUUCUUGGUAUCUGGCUGAAUCUUGCUUUGUUAUUGACUAAUCUAAGAUCAGACUUGAGCUACCGUAAUCUGGCUUUUUUUACGGUUAUCGCCUGUUUAAGACGAGCUAUCUCCGUAGUCACCCACCUCCCACUAUUUAAUUACUCAGAGAGUUUGAAAUAUGAAACUCAAGACAUAUCCUGUGAUAUUUCUGGCUUUUGGGAUUCAUUUUGGUCUGUGUACGAAGUUGAGUGUUUGACACACGUGUGCAUUGAACGAUAUGUUAUAGCUAAGUAUACUACUAGAGGGUGGCCGAUUCAAAAAAACCACUACAUUUUGUAUCAAGGAUUAUGUCUGUUUUUUGCUAGUUUAUAUUCAUUACCGCCUUUAUUUGGAGUCGGUCAAUUCGGAUAUGAUUUUUCAUGCCAAUCUUGUGUCUUGGAUAUGGUUUUACCGGCUACGUGGCAGAGAUAUGUUGUCCUUGCAAUAUUUUUGCUUCGCAGUGUAAAAUCAACAGGAUUUAUGUUAACGAUGCUGUUUUGGGCAACAAAUUUAGAAGCGAAAUACGAUCAAUCGGAAAAAUUAAUGAAAGAAAUACGAUUUACUAAGAGUGUAAUUGUUAUAACUAUCGUGAACCUGCUUUGUUGGAUGCCAAUAGCUGCUAUACGAGGAUGGGUUGUGCUUUCGAGUCUGCUUUCUGAUGGUGUUCCAUUUCAGCCCUCGGUCUCAGCAAUACAGUGGGCGGUAUGGAUUCAUUGGGUGGCGCCUGCGUUUAUUACAAUAGCAAUGUUUCUUGUCGACGCUAAAACUCAUCAGAAAAUGAUUCAGAUUUUUACAGGUGGUGAUAAAAUUGAUAAGGUUGUUAAGAAAGAGUAGGAUUCCUAUUCUAUACUCCAAUGUACACAUAUAUAAUCUAUACG